AUGGAGCCCGAAGUCGUGUACCAACAUCUGACCACGCGGUACAUCGGAAGCGUUCACGGCCUCUUCACCUUCAUGGAAGCGAUCCUGGGCACCCUGAUCGGCAGCCUGUACUUCCUGUUCGGGGUGGAGUCCCGGAGUCAGCAGUUCCUGUACCUCUCGGCCAUGACGUAUGGCAUCAACGACGUCCACUUCAUAUUCGCCACCAUGCUGUCCGAAGGGGACUCCAUCUUCCUUCCAGUCUCUAUCUACUUCCCGUUCUACCAGUUAGCUGCGUCCCUCUGCUUCUGCAUCACAGCCAUAAUCAUCCUGCAGACAUACAACAGUCCGGGAGACUGCAUCUUCGGAGGGAUUGGGGGCCUCAUCUGUGGCCUGAUGCACAUCGGUCAUCUUGUCUGGACCGUCAAAUGACGCAGUUCAGAGACACGUGUUCGUGCGAUGGCUCGCAGCAGAAAGAUAUUUGGAUUCACGAAAUAUACUUCAAAUGAAGAGGAUCCUUAGUAUACACGCUCUCAGUCUUAUUAAGCAAUAAAAUGUGAAAGUAUA